CUUUUCGAAAUUUAGCCAGUAGUACGGUGUUACUAUAAAUAAUUCACAUCCGGUUCAAUCAGUGAAGGCUGAAUGAUGUUGAGGCUGUGGCCAUUAGCACGUGGCCAUAAGGCUAAACAAGUCUUUGCCUCUCUUGCUCGAUGUAACUCAACAGCCCCACCAGAAAAAGUUGAAGUAUUUGUUGAUGAUAAACCAGUGCAAGUUGAGCCAGGAACCACUCUUCUUCAGGCAUGUGCAGAGGCCGGUGUAGAGAUACCAAGGUUCUGCUAUCAUGAACGUCUGUCUAUAGCUGGCAACUGUAGAAUGUGUCUCGUAGAAGUUGAACGCUCACCAAAGCCUAUUGCAUCAUGUGCUAUGCCUGUAAUGAAAGGAAUGAAAAUAAAAACAGAUUCCCCAAUGACUAAGAAAGCCAGGGAAGGUGUGAUGGAGUUUUUACUGAUGAACCAUCCUCUGGACUGUCCUAUCUGUGACCAGGGAGGGGAAUGUGACCUUCAAGACCAGUCUAUGGCCUUCGGAAGUGAUAGAGGUCGAUUUACGGACAUGGAGCAUGGUGGGAAAAGGGCUGUAGAAGACAAGAAUGUUGGCCCGUUGGUAAAGACUAUAAUGACAAGAUGUAUACAUUGUACCAGGUGUAUCAGAUUUGCCAGUGAGGUAGCUGGGGUAGAUGAUCUUGGAACUACUGGUCGAGGUUCAGACAUGCAGGUUGGCACCUACGUGGAGAAAAUGUUUAAGUCUGAAUUGUCUGGCAAUAUUAUUGAUCUGUGUCCAGUAGGGGCUCUGACCUCCAAGCCCUAUGCCUUCACAGCUCGACCCUGGGAAACUAGAAAAAUAGAAUCUGUCGAUGUAAUGGACGCUAUUGGGAGUAACAUUGUUGUUUCGACAAGAACUAAUGAAGUCAUGAGGAUCUUACCCAGAGUUAAUGAGGAGGUGAAUGAGGAGUGGAUCUCUGAUGCUACAAGAUUUGCCUAUGAUGGCUUGAAGAGGCAGAGACUGACCACACCAUUUGUGAGGAAUGAUAAAGAUGUGCUUGAACAAGCUGACUGGGAAGCUGCUCUCAUAGCUGCUGCACAGAAGAUUGUAGCAACUCCCGGAGAUAAGAUAGCUGCUGUGGCCGGUGGUCUUGUUGAUGCAGAGGCAUUGGUCAGCCUUAAAGAUUACCUGAACAGGCUAGGCAGUGAGGCAUUAUGUACAGAGGAAAUAUUCCCGAUGGAUGGUGCAGGAACUGACCUACGGUCCAACUAUUUGUUGAAUACAAAGAUCCAAGGUAUUGAAGAAGCUGACUUGAUCUUGUUAGUUGGUACCAACCCAAGGUUUGAAGCACCACUCUUCAAUGCUAGAAUAAGGAAAAGUUGGAUCAACAAUGACCUGUCUGUAGCUAUGGUGGGUGCUCAGGUAGAUCUCACAUAUGACUAUGAUCACCUUGGAGACUCAGCACAGAUUCUAGAGGAUAUUGCCAGUGGAAAACACCCAUUCUCAAAGACUCUAGCACAGGCAAAGAACCCGAUGGUGGUGGUAGGUAGUGCUGCUCUACAGCGAGGUGAUGGAACAUCAUUACACAGAGCUGUAUCUACUAUUGCACAGAAUGCACGUGUACAGUGUGGCUGUGGUGAGGAUUGGAAAGUUCUCAAUGUUUUACACAGAGUUGCCAGCCAGGUAGCAGCUCUAGAUAUUGGAUACAAAGCAGGUGUUGAGGAAAUCAGACAGAACCCUCCACAGGUCCUGUUUCUCCUCGGUGCUGAUGAAGGCGCCAUAACAAAGGAUGACAUUCCUGCUGACUGCUUUGUUAUUUAUCAAGGUCAUCAUGGAGAUCAUGGUGCAAGUAUGGCCAAUGUUAUAUUCCCUGGUGCAGCUUAUACUGAGAAAGAUGCCACGUAUGUAAAUACAGAGGGCCGUGCGCAACAAACCAAACUGGCUGUUACACCACCUGUGUUGGCACGAGAGGAUUGGAAAAUUAUCAGAGCUCUCUCAGAGUUGUCUGGCAAUACUCUUCCCUAUGAUAAGAUACAAGAGGUUCGAGACAGACUACACGAGGUCUCACCAAACUUGGUACAAUAUGGUGAAGCAGAAGAUGCUAACUACUUUAAACAGGCACAGGAACUUGCACAGAAUAUUAGUGGAAAGUUGCAGGAUAAACCGCUUACCCCUCCACAGUUAAACCUGAAAGAUUUCUACAUGACUAACUCAAUAGGCCGAGCCUCAUCAACAAUGGCACAAUGUGUGAAAGCUGUACAGGAUAUGGAUUAAACAGCUUUUUUUAUUCACUGGAACAUUUAACGUGUGGAUUAUUGUUAAGUUUAAUGAGUAAAUAAUGUGUGUCAGAGGGAAAAUGUAGAACUUCAAAAAAAUUGUUUAAGAAGAAUUCUAUUUUGCUAUUGGAAGUAUUAUUCAUUAUUUUCUGUUUUAGAAGAAUAAUAUUCCUUUUCUGUGUGGUCUUUUGUCAGAGUUGAACUGAGAAAAAAGACAAAAUAAAUGUUCAGUACUAAUAUCACUAGUGAUUAAAGGUCAGGAUAUUAAAAGAUUCGAGCAGGAACAAAAUGCUGUUGUGUGAGAAAAUUCUGCAAUUUUUAACAGAUAAACUGUAGUGCAUAACUGAGUUAAAAUGCUUGGUAUUUAUUAUUAAAGUUGGAAAAACUGACAA